CUGCCCCCGGACAACCGCAGGUCCGCCGUCCGAGCAGAGAAAUGAAGAUUAUAAUAAACCAGGGGGAAAAAAAGAUUACUCAUUUUACACUUUUUUCCUCCAAUAUUUUUCCCUGUGCGACUAGUAAAACGUCAACUGUUUUCAAGCGACAGAUUUCCACCACUACUACUAUUAUUAUUAUUAUUAUUAUUAUGCUUAUUGAAAGACGUUCAUCCGGCAGAGGGAGCUACGGUCGACGAUAACUCCGCACACACGUCGACGGAAUGCAUUUCUCCGAGUCGAUCAUCACAAACGUUUGUUGUUUAUCAUCAUAUACCAGGACUCACGGCCACAUUCGUCGGGCCGUUUUCCCGUACCGCGUGCACCCAGCCACCGGUGACUGCUAGAGCGAAGGCAGCAAUUGAUCGGGCGCAGCCGAGUCGCUGUCACCGCCACCACCGAAGCCGCGGCUCGACAACAAUAAUUACCGGCGACGCGUGCAGCAUAUAACGAACACGGUGGAAUUAGAUGAUAGUCAAGCGAUGGCAGACGUGCAGAUGGAAAUUUACGAGGAUAUGUUUAAAGAGAUUACGAAAAAAAUAUACGGACAAGAUACAUCUUCGUCCGAGGACAGGCAGUUCGCGGGUCAGGACGCCUACAAAAUGGUCGAGGAGGGCCUAAACAUGAUCGAAAAUGAUGACGCGGCUGCAGCGGAGUCUUUUAGCGAACAGUCGCAACCCGAGGACGACCCGUGGGUAACUAGCGACGAGACGAUAGCUUGGACCACGUCGAAAAUCGGCAGCUAUAACGUGGAAAAAAAGCUGUUCAAGUGCCAGGAAUGCAAUUCGGUGGGCCUACUGUCCAGCGUUGCGGAACACUGGCUGGGUACGCACGCCGAUGUUAAAGUGUUCCAGUGCCCGCAGUGUCCGUACGCGAGUGCGUAUACAAAGUGCAUCCGCUUGCACUUGUCCCGGCAUCACAACGUGUUGGCUGACCAUGGGCUGGACCAGAAGCCGUGGAAAGAGAGCCCGGUGCUGGACGAGGUCACCGGCUACUUGGGCCGGUUGAAAGCGGCCGCAGACAAGGCUGUAGACAACACAGCGGCUGCGGUCGCCGCGGCCACGGCGGUGGCCAUCGCAGCCGAGUCGGAAGACUUUUCCGUUGCCGCGGAGGACGACCUGCAACUGGCCGCGGCCGACACGGAAACGCAGACCGCGCAGAAGCGAUUCAACUGCAGCCACUGCCCGUACGCGACGGACAGGCGCGACUUGUACACCAGGCACGAGAACAUACACAAAGAGGACAAACCGUUCCAGUGUGACAUAUGUCAGAAGCAGUUCAACAGGGCGGACCACGUGAAGAAGCACUACACGCGCAUGCACCGGGAACACGAGUACUGCCUGAGCAGGGUGAAGCGCGACCCGUUCGGCAAGUCGAUCGCGGCCCAACAGCAGCAGCAAAGGGUGACGCUGUACUCCGGCGACCCGCCACCGCUUGAGCCCGAAACGCAGAUCAUCGUGUCGCAGACGAUCGACGCACAAACGCUGCCGUCCACGCCGAUUAUCACCACUGCUCCGCUCAUGUUGGACGACCAACAGCAGCAGCAGCAGCAGCAGCAACAGCAGCAGCAGCAGACGGUCGUCAACAUCGCCGUGGUUAAUUUCAACGAGCAGACCGGCACUCAUACGAUUCAAAUACCAAUACCCGCCAGCCAGAUAAAACCGGUGAUGUUUGCGCCAGAUACCAUUUUGGCGGUAGACUCGAUUAUGCCAGCAAGCACUACGUCGAUGACAACAAAACCAAAAGGCAAAGGCAGUCGGAAGAACUUCGAGAAACGAUACUGCUGCACAUUUUGUCCGUGGUCGGGUGUCGACAACUGGUGUCUGAAACGACACUUAAAUACUCACAUGAAGCCAUAUGAAUGCGUGUUCUGUGAAUACAAAGCGGCCAGAGCCGAACGGUUAGCCACUCACGUAUUCAAAGUUCACAGCAAAAGGAUGUGCUGCCGGUGCUCGUAUAUUGCUCAAGACCAGGAAGACUUAUACGCUCAUCAAUCCGAAAACAAUCAUAAAAGCGUAAGGUCUCGUCGCACACAGACAUCACCUACUCCAUCGUCUCCCGACCAAGUUGAGGAGAACAUAGAAAAUAAUGACGCAAUUGUGGUUUGGCCGAUGGCUGCAGUGGAUACACAGAAUUCUAUUCAUAUUUAAUUAUAAAUAUUCUCAACGUGCCAAAAUGCAUAUUACCUAAUUGUAGUUACAGGGAUGAAAUAAAACAUACCGUUACAGAUCGUAUCAAUAAAAAAAUAAGUAUAGUAAAUACUAUGUAUAUUUAUGUAUCAAUAACUUCAGUAAAUGAAAUUGACUCUUCUAAUCUUUGAGUAUAAAGACUUGCAAGUAUUUAAAUGGGGUACCUAUGAGAGUGAGAGAGAAGAAGAGAGAAACAGUCAUUAAUGUCAUAAUGUCAUAUUAAUUAAAAUAAAUAUAUAUACGGCUCUAAAAUUUUAUUCAAUUUUUAAGUUAGGUAAAUUGUUUGUAUAAUACUCAAAAAUACUUAAUAUAGGUUUAUACAAUUUACUAUUUUAACUUAAAUACUCAUAUUUUAUGCUACUUAUCCAUAUGCAAAUAUAGUAGUCCAAAUGUAAACACAUAACAUGCCCAAUACUAACCCUAAUCGUAUAUGUAAUAUGUAAUUAUGUUAUAAUAUAUAUAUUACUAUUAUUAUCGUUUUCGAAAUAAACACUCCCAUCAACUAUAGAAUUAAACAACCGAAAACAAGGUAGUCAAUUUGAACCUGCAUAUGUACAUAAUUUGAUAUAUUAUAACAGUGGCGCAAUCAUGAUUAAUGGUGGGACAGGUGCUCUUUGGCUGAUUAUAGUGAGUAAUCAAACACAGUAGCUCGGUUAUCGAGUGGCUAAUUUUUUUUUAAUUCUUUCAAUCACUCCCGUCGCCUCAUCGUUAGCAUUUCCAAUAUUUAUUAAUUUUACAACACCAAUAUCAUCCAGAACACCGGAAUAUAAGUUUUUAGUUUUUAAUUUAAAAUCCAAACAAAUAUCUUUGGUCUACAGAUAAAAUUAAAGGAAAUUAAAUUUGCUAACUAUAAUUUUCCUAAUUAUUAAUGAUUUUUGGGCACCCUUACGAACAUUUUAAAUGGUGGAAUGGAAUCUUCGAAACAAGUAUAGGAGCUAAAUACUUAGGUAUCUAAUAUACACGUUUUUAUGAUCAAUUUUCUUUCAUUUUUAAAUUAAAAAAACAAAUACAGAUGAUAUCUUAAACUUAGCUUCAAUGUAAAAUAUAGAUAUUUAUAAUUAUUAGCUGAAAGUUGAUAAUAAAACAUAUUUUACAGGGUAAUUUUAUGGAAUAAUAAUUUUACCAAUUUCAAUGUCCCAUUUCAGAUUUAAAUAAGUAAUUGCUGCCAAUUUAAUCCCCCCUUCCUCGGACUGUGCCACUGUCACCUGUAUAAUUGGUAGAAAUACUCAUGAGUCACGUUGUAUAUACGUUGUAUAAAUUGCUAAAACGAAUUCCACCAUAUUUUUUUUUUUGGCAAAAGAAAAUUUAUUUAACGUUAACGUGAAACAAAAAAAUUGAUUUACCAUAAUUAUUUCAAAAUAUAUUUGUACCCGAUAUCUACAAUAAACCAAGUGAAAAAUUUCAUAUAUUAGAAUGAACCUAUAGAUAAUAAAAUAUAAUAUUAUUACUUAAACAUUAAGAUUGUUCCAUUAAUUUUUAUAUUUAUAUUUAAUUGUUAAAGAUCGUUGUAAUGUAGAUUGAUAAACAUACAACGAAUCAUUAUUAUAAUAAUUAUAAUAGUUACAAUUUUACCUAGUAUGUUUUAAAUAAAUUUUGAAAAUUUUUCGCAGGGUCUUUUAUGUUUACAUUUUCAAACAAAUAUUUGUUCAUUAAAAUUAUAGCAUGUCGAUUAAAAACGAUGAUGCAAUAUGAUUCAGCAAACCAAAUUUCUAAGAAUUUUUGUAUAAAGACAUAGUGGACAACGUUCACUGUAAUAUAUACAACUAUUCCCCCCCCCCAACAAUUAACUAGUAAUAUUCAACAAUUUUAAAACUUUGGG